AUGGCUUCAGCCGGUGCCGCCGCCGCGUCGCUGCUGAAGCGCCAGCUCAAGGAGAUCCAGACGGGCAAGGAUCUGCCGGGCAUAUCCUGCGGCCUCGUCAACGAUAGCAACAUGUUUGAGUGGGAGGUGAUGCUCAUGAUCAACGACGACUGCAAAUACUACGGCGGAGGCAACUUCCGCGCCCGACUCGUCUUCCCCGAAAACUACCCGCACAUGCCCCCGUCCCUGACCUUCCAGGACCCGAUCCCGUUCCACCCCAACAUCUACGAAAACGGCACCCUGUGCAUCUCCAUCCUGCACCCGCCCGAGGAGGACCAGUACGGGUACGAGUCCGCCGCCGAGCGCUGGAGCCCCGUCCAGACGCCCGAGACGAUCCUGCUGAGCGUCAUCAGCCUGUUCUACAGCCCCAACGAGGAGAGCCCGGCCAACGUCGAGGCGGCGCGGAUGCUGCGCGAGGAGAAGGAGGGGAAGCACAAGGAGUAUCGGAGACGGUGUCGGAAGUGCGUCAGGGAGAGCCUUGGGGAGGACUGA